UCAGUUUAAAGUAGUGAUACAAACACCCUCAAAUUUAGCUUCUAAAGAUAUUGAAACUCUCAUUAAACUUUUAUAUAUAUUGACACUCUAAAAAUAUUCAAAGAAGUCCUAAAUUCGAACUCUCUUGCUAGAUAACAAGAUCUAGCCCAGUGGAAAAUGGCCUUAAUUUGUAGGGGUUUUACGUACGAACUCCCAUAACAUAUUGGUUGUGUGUGUGAGAAACCCCCCUCCCCUCUAGUUUAGACUAUCGCUUAUACUAAAAAAAAAUAAAAAAUUCGAGCUCUCCCCAUACUCGUUAAUGAAAAAAAAAAAAACCUCCCCAAGAAAAAAAAAAUUAAUUUUACUUCUCGAACCAAAAUGUUUAUACUAUUGUGGAAGGAGUCAGCGACGGUCCGUGAGUUUUCGCCACCAGUGGCUGUUUUCUUUCUCCUCUCCCCAAACUCCAAAGUCCCACCAAAACUGAGUUUCAAAAGCAGAGGAGAAGAAGAUGACAGCGGCUCUAAACCUGCCUAUCAUAGACUUGUCCUCACCAGAUUCCCUCUCCUCCGCCACUUCCAUCCGUCAGGCGUGCAUAGAGUGUGGUUUCUUCUACUUAGUGAAUCAUGGUGUUGAGGAAGAGUUGCUCGGGCAUGUGUUCGAGGAGAGCAGCAAGCUGUUUUCGCUGCCAUUGGAGGACAAGUUGAAAUUGGCUCGCAAGCAACACAGAGGUUACACCCCACUCUUUUCCGAGAACCUCGAUCCCACUUCCACCUCCAAAGGUGACUCGAAAGAGAGUUUUUAUAUCGGACCGUUAGAUACUCGCAGUAAUUUGAAUCAAUGGCCUUCAGAAGAUAUCCUACCAUCUUGGAGACCGACAAUGGAAUCCUACUAUAGAAAAGUCCUCUCUGCUGGAAAAAGAUUAAUCUCACUGAUUGCCCUGGCUUUGAACCUGGAUGAGGAAUUUUUUGAGAAAGUGGGGGCGCUGAAUAAGCCAACAGCAGUUCUUCGCCUUUUGCACUAUCCAGGUCAACUGGGAUCAACUGAUGAAGAAAUAUACGGUGCUUCUGCUCAUUCAGAUUAUGGGAUGGUCACUCUCCUUGCAUCAAAUGGAGUUCCUGGACUUCAGGUUUGUAGGGAAAAAUCUAAACAACCACGGAUCUGGGAAGAUGUUCUUCACAUAGAUGGGGCAUUCAUUGUUAACAUUGGGGACAUGUUGGAGAGGUGGACUAAUUGUUUGUUCAGGUCAACACUGCAUAGAGUGAUGCCAGCAGGACAAGAGCGCUACUCUGUGGCAUUCUUCUUAGACCCCAAUGAAGACUUUGUAGUGGAAUGUCUGAAAAGUUGUUGCAGUGAAGCAUCACCCCCAAGAUUUCCUCCCAUCCGUAGCGGGGACUACCUGAAAGAGCGAUUCAGGCUUACAUAUGGCUCAUAGGACUGAAUUUAAAAGCACUGGCUUAGCUCUUCAGAUCCUAGGCUGCAUCUGGUGGUAUAUGCAAACUAAAAGGUGUCAUGAGCCCUCACUAUCUGUCUUUUGUAGUUGCAAGUACAUGAUGAUGAUAUUAUGUGAUUAUGAACGGCUUUUAGAACCAUAUAAGUUAUAACUCAAUACAAGUUGUUCCAUAAUUCUGUUUUCCAUGGAAAUAAAUUACUUGGUAUUCAGAUUCUUA